GUCUGCCUCUGAAAGGGUCCCCCCCCCCCUUUGAGUCCCCCAGCCACAUGCACUGCACAAAACCUGCCUGCCCUCAGUUCCUGCAAACAUUUCCAAAUAAGGCUCCCAGGCAUUAAGUGGGCCACCUCUGCUAGAGGGGAAUUUAAAGAGAACUCGUGUGGAUGGUGCUGUUUGCAGGAGGGAAGAAGAGAGACUGAGAUCCGGCGGGAGUUUCUAACUCCGGCUCGCGCUCAGAAAGGCUUCUCUGAACCGCGCAGCGUGACCGGGCUCUUAACAUGGGGGACGUGAAACUGGUGACAGCUACUAGAAUCUCCAAAGCCACCUUGACACUAGACCAGUCUUCCUUAAGGUCUCCUGCUCUAAUGGAAGCACCAGCAUUUACUCUACCUCCAAGGAAUAUCCGGGUGCCACUUGGAGGCACAGCCAGAUUUGAAGGAAAGGUCAGAGGCAACCCAGAACCUCAAAUCACAUGGUACAAAAAUGGACAUCUCUUGAUUGGAGGAGAGCGCUGGCUAAUGGACCGCAGCGUUCGAGGGAUUUUCAGUUUGGCGAUCAAAGAUGUGCAAGAGGAUGACAGUGGUCCAUAUACAUGUGAGGCCAAAAAUGAUGGGGGUGUUCGUCAAGUGACUGUGGAGUUAACAAUGGAAGAAAAUGUUCUGAAGAAGUACAGCCUGCCUUUUGCUGCCAAGAGUUCUGGUGGCAGACUUUCUGUUCCUCCUGUGGAGCAACGGCCCAGCAUCUGGGGCGAAUGCCCCCCCAAGUUUGCUACAAAACCUAAUCGUGUCACUGUACGAGAGGGACAGACUGGUAAAUUCUCCUGUAAGAUAACAGGGCGGCCUCAGCCUCAUGUUACUUGGUCCAAGGGUGAUUGUCAGGUGCAGCAGAAUGAUCAUUUCAACAUGUAUGUGAAAGGAGGCAUUCAGUUUUUAGAGAUCCAGAAUGUUCAGCUGACUGAUGCUGGAAUUUAUACUUGCACUGUGAUGAAUAGCGCUGGGAAGGCUUCUGUGUCUACAGAGCUGAUGGUUCAAGGUUCUGAUAAGAGAGAGGUGUGCGCUCAUCCUCCGUGUACCUCAACAGAAUUAACUGUUACAACCAAAGCUGCUGAAACAUCACCAUUCAGGAAGGCCACUAGCAAUGGAAUUGCUAAAGAACUCAAGUCCACUGCCACAGCACUCUUGCUUGAAUCCAAAGACACAGCAGCUAUGAAGAAGGAGACUUUCCUCAUUUCAUCCAAAGAAACCAAACAGAGUAGUUCAGAGCAGACAAGGGAAUUCAAUGUACAGCCACCCAAAGAAGAAAGCCGGGGCUAUCGGGUUCUGCAGAAAACAUCAAGCACCAUAACCCUUCAACCUAUAAAAGUAUCAGCAGGACCAAAGCCAAGAUCAAACAUAACUUCCUUGAGAUGGGAUGAAGAUGGGAAAGGACCGAAGCAGUCUGGGACAACUGAUUGGCAAGCACCUCCCACAGCGAGGCUGUUUAAUUUGAGGACUAAGGAGCCUGAAGACCAUGUUGAAUUAAAGAAAAAAACAGCAGAUAUAAAGAAGGAGUCUCGGGGAUUCCCUCCCCAAUUUGAGAGUCACCCAGAAAGUCAAGAAAUACUAGAAGGAGAAGAUGUUACACUCAAAUGCAAAGUUUCAGGGAAGGCCAAGGUAAAUGUGGAAUGGUUCAAAGAUGGAGCCCAGGUGGAAGCAGGAGAGAGAGUUCAGAUAUAUGAAGAAGAUGGAAUCCAUUGUUUGUGCCUGAAAAACACUGUCUUGGAAAACAGUGGGUCCUACUGUUGCACAGCCUCAGAUGUUAGAGGUCAGACAUCAACCAGGUGGAUGUUAACUGUAAAACGGCCUAAAUUGAAGGAAAUUGCUCCCCACUUUUCCAGCAUAUUGAAAUCAUGCAGCGUAUGUGAAGGGCAAGAUUUUGUGCUUCAGUGCUCAGUUGAAGGAACACCUGUGCCUCAGAUAACUUGGCUCCUCAAAGAUAGACCAAUUCAGUAUGCCCAUUCCAUUUUUGAAGAUGGGAUUGCAAAACUGACUGUUCAAGAUGCCUUGCCAGAAGAUGAUGGCAUUUACACUUGCCUGGCUGAAAACACUGCGGGAAUAGCAUCUUGUAGUGCUCAAAUUACUGUCAAAGCAGAAAAGAAAAGCAGACAGAAAUUGGAACGGACACUUUCUUCUCCAGCCAGCAAAACCUUCCCUCCAAUCUUUCUUAAAGGUCUAACUGAUCUCAAGGUGAUGGAUGGUAGCCAAGUGAUUAUGACAGUAGAAGUUUCAGCUAACCCUGCUCCUGAAAUAAUUUGGUUACACAAUGGGAAAGAAAUCCAGGAAACAGAGGACUUUCACUUUGAGAAGAAAGGCAAUGAAUACAGCCUGUAUAUCCAAGAGGUAUUCCCUGAAGAUACUGGAACGUAUACCUGCGAGGCCUGGAAUGACUUAGGAGAAGCUCGGUCCCAAGCAACACUGACUGUACAAGAACCUCAGGAUGGCAUUCAGCCAUGGUUCAUUAGCAAGCCAAGAUCAGUGACGGCAGUUGUUGGGCAGAACAUCCUUAUUUCUUGUGCCAUUGCUGGAGAUCCUUUUCCUACGGUUCACUGGUUCAGAGAGGGGCAGGAAGUAACACCCGGAGCAGGCUUGGAAUUUCUGCAGAAUGAAGACAUCUUCACAUUGAUCAUAAGGAAUGUGCAGCCCCGCCAUGCUGGGCAGUAUGAAAUACAACUCAAAAAUCAAGUUGGAGAAUGCAGCUGCCAGGUGUCUUUGAUGCUAAGAGAAACUACAGUUGCCAGAGGAGAAAUAUUCAGAGAUGGAAGGCAGACGGAGCGAAGAGAUGCUAGUGAUCAUGAUACACUAACAUUCAGAAGCACUGGUGGCUUCAAAAGGAGUACUGGUGAAGCUCAGCAAGUUGAGGAAGAGCAGGAGGACAUCCGAGGGGUUCUCAAAAGGCGAGUGGAAACUCGAGAGAGCACAGAGGAAAAACUUAGGCAACAGGAGGUCGAACAGGUUGAUUUCCGUGACAUUUUGGGGAAGAGAGUCAGCACUAAAAGCUUUUCUGAGGAGGAACUGAAGGACAUUCCAGCUGAACAGAUGGACUUCCGUGCUAACCUGCAGCGGCAGGUCAAACCCAAGGCCUUGUCAGAGGAGGAAAGGAAAGUCCACAGUCCUCAGCAGGUGGACUUCCGUGCCGUGCUGGCUAAGAAGGGCACACCCAAACCACCUGUGACAGAAAAGGUGCUGGCUUCUAAACCAGCUGCUCCAGAUUUCAGAUCUGUUCUUGGUACGAAGAAAAAAACACCAACUGAAAAUGGUGGUCCCAGUGCCCAAGCCCAGAAUACCAACUCCAGCAUGGAAGUGGAGAGACCCGACCACAAGCCCAAAGUACCAGAUUCCAGUGCCAGUGCUAAGCCAUUGCCAGUAUCCAAGACACUGGAUGACAACAGCACAACCACCAAAACACAGAAUUCCAGCACGACUUCAGAAACUAAGAAUGCUAACUCAAAAUCCAAAAUGCAGAACUCUAGCACCAACUCUGCAGCCCAGACUGUGAAUACCAGUUCUGAAGAGCUGAAUUCCAAACCAGUGGAGAAAAAGGAUAAUGAUAUAAACUGUGAAGAUUGCCCAGUAGUAGAUGGAGGAAUAAUUGAAGAAAAGGUAGAGGAUAACAACGGAGAGCCUAAAAGAACAUCACCAUCGUUUACAGAAAAACUCAAGGACAUCCAUGUAACAGAGGGUGAAAAGUUGGUCUUGCAGUGUCAGGUUUCUUCAGAUCCACUUGCUGCUGUCACCUGGACUCUGGAUGGAAAAGUCAUCAAAUCAUCAAAAUUCAUCGUCCUCUCCCAAGAAGGAUCCUUGUGUUCCCUAACCAUUGACAAGGCCUUUCCAGAAGAUGAGGGUCAAUAUAAAUGCAUAGCUGAGAAUACUGCCGGAAAAGCAGAGUGUGCUUGCAGUGUAUUCGUGGAAGAGUCCUUAAAGGCAACUGAAAAGAAGAGCAAAAAGACAAAAAGUUCCAUUCUUCCUGUCCUUGCAACGGAAAGUGAGGCAACAGUAAAGAAGAAACCAGCUCCAAAAACCCCACCCAAAGCAGCUCUUCCUCCUCAGAUUGUUCAGUUCCCAGAAGACCAAAAGGUUCGGGCUGGAGAAUCAGUGGAGCUAUUAUGUAAAGUCACAGGAACUUCCCCCCUGACAUGUAUCUGGAUGAAAUUCCGGAAGCAGAUCCAAGAGAAUGAACACAUCAAAAUUGAGAAUGCUGAGAACAGCAGUAAGUUAACCAUCACCUCCACAAAGCAAGAACAUUGUGGAUGUUACACAUUGGUGGUAGAAAAUAAGCAGGGCAGCAGACAAGCCCAGGUUAACCUUACCAUUGUAGAUAAACCUGACCCCCCAGCCAGAAGGCCUUGUGCAUCAGAUGUUAGGAGUUCUUCACUUACCAUCUCAUGGUAUGGGUCUUCUUAUGAUGGUGGAAGUGCAGUACAGUCUUACACUGUGGAAAUCUGGAACACACUAGACAACAAAUGGACAGAUCUCACAACGUGUCGUAGCACUUCUUACAACGUCCAGGAUCUGCUGGCUGACAGGGAAUACAAAUUCCGGGUGCGAGCUGCUAAUGUCUAUGGGAUAAGUGAACCAAGCCAAGAAUCGGAGCUAGUGAAAGUAGGAGAGAAGCAAGAAGGCCCUAAAGAGGAAGAGGAGGAAGAGGAAGAAGCUGAAGGGUCUGAUGAAGAAGAGAAAGAAACCGAAGUUGACUAUCGAACAGUAACGAUCAAUAAGGAACAGAAAGUUUCAGAGUUCUAUGAUGUUGAAGAAAGACUGGGAUCUGGAAAAUUUGGACAAGUCUUCAGGCUUGUUGAAAAGAAAACCAGAAAAGUUUGGGCAGGAAAAUUUUUCAAAGCAUAUUCAGCGAAGGAUAAAGAAAACAUAAGGCAAGAGAUUGGCAUUAUGAACUGUCUACAUCAUCCCAAACUUGUCCAGUGUGUAGAUGCCUUUGAAGAGAAGGCUAACAUUGUCAUGGUCUUGGAACUUGUUUCUGGAGGGGAACUAUUUGAGAGAAUAAUUGAUGAAGACUUUGAACUAACUGAGAGAGAAUGCAUUAAGUACAUGAAGCAGAUCUCAGAAGGUGUGCAGUACAUUCAUAAACAGGGCAUUGUACAUUUGGAUCUGAAGCCAGAAAACAUUAUGUGUGUCAACAAGACUGGCACAAAAAUCAAGCUGAUUGACUUUGGACUUGCACGAAGAUUAGAAAGUGCAGGUUCCUUGAAAGUCCUUUUUGGGACACCAGAAUUUGUGGCUCCAGAAGUUAUAAACUAUGAGCCUAUUGGAUAUGCAACGGACAUGUGGAGCAUAGGAGUGAUCUGCUAUAUUUUGGUCAGUGGACUUUCUCCUUUUAUGGGUGAUAAUGACAAUGAAACCUUAGCCAAUGUUACUUCUGCCACCUGGGAUUUUGAUGAUGAAGCUUUUGAUGAGAUCUCAGACGAUGCCAAGGAUUUCAUCAACAACCUUCUAAAGAAAGACAUGAGGGACCGCUUGGAUUGCACACAAUGCCUUCAGCAUCCUUGGUUGCAAAAAGACACCAAACACAUGGAAGCUAAAAAACUGUCCAAAGAUAGGAUGAAAAAGUACAUGGCCAGAAGAAAAUGGCAGAAAACAGGCAAUGCAGUCCGUGCCAUAGGGAGACUAUCCUCAAUGGCAAUGAUUUCUGGUCUAAGUGGAAGAAAGUCCUCUUCAAGUUCACCAACCAGCCCUGUUAAUGCAGAAAAGAUAGAAGCGGAAGAUGAAGCUGCUAACGCUCUCCUGGAAGCAGUUGAUGAAGAAAGGCCCCAUAUGAAGCCAUAUUUCUCUAAAACAAUUCAAGAUAUAGAGGUUGUGGAAGGCAGUGCUGCUAGAUUUGACUGCAAAAUUGAAGGCUACCCUGAUCCUGAAGUGAUUUGGUAUAAAGAUGAUCAAUCUAUCAAAGAAUCCCGGCACUUCCAGAUAGACUAUGAUGAAGAUGGAAACUGCUCUUUAACUAUUUCAGAGGUUUGUGGAGAUGAUGAUGCUAAAUACACCUGCAAGGCAAUCAACAGUCUUGGGGAAGUCACCUGCACCGCAGAACUCAUUGUAGAAACAAUGGGGAAAGAAGGAGAGGAGGAGGAAGAAGAAUAAAGAAAACAUGAAUGGGAAAUUGGAAAGAUCAUCUGGUGAAAGACUUUUUCUAAGGCUCAUGCAGCAUGGCAUUCGAUCAUGGGUUUUUGGUUCAUUUUCAUCAGCACAGGCAGUGGACAUCAGUUUGUUUGUAUUUAUGGGCAUUAACUUGAAUUAGCAAGCACUUUAAAUGGUUGUUGUGCUUGGAUUUAGUUUAAGUUAAAGCAUGAAUUGCAGAGUCCAAACUAUGAGCAUGAACUCACUGUAUGGAAUCCUAAUAUACAGUUUCAACCUGUCAACAGUUUCUUUGCUGAGUUCACUGAUCAGGGGAGGGGGAGGGAACAGCUGUUCUCUUAACAUGGAGAACUUGUAAAACCUGGGAUGUAAUCUUUUUAAAAACACCUGCACAUUAUGCAAUUUGUGUUAAUAUUUCUGAAAUCAGUGGCAAUUACAUGGAUGCAAGAGUGCUUUGAGAACUUGGGGCACAAUCCAUCAGAAAUAUCUCCUGCAAAGGCCCCACUGAAAAGAAUACAGGCUGCCAUGAGUACCUUACGUACACAAAAAUCUCCUGGCCAAUUGUCUUAGGAAUCUAGUUUACAUCUCUUGUCAAGCAGCAACUACCUGUCCUUCAUACCAUCCCAUAGUAUGUUCAUUCAUAUCCUCAAGUGAAGUACUUUCUCCAGCAGCUGGCUUUUUUUCAUAUUUAAAGCAUUCUUCUUCUUAGUUUCCCCUUGGAGCAUUAUGACUUGCAGAUUUAAACAGGGGUACCAAGGUUUAAGCUAAUAUAAAUAUCUGCUUUAAAACUAAACCUUCCAGCUUGACUGCUUUGAGGAUCAUAACCUAAAAGUAGUUACCUACAUUUUUUUUCAUAACUUGGCAGCAGUUUUCCCCUUCUGCACUUUAAUCAGUUGAAUCUUACAAGGGUUUAUUCUCACAUCCAUUUUUUCCUGCGUCAGCAGUAGGGAAAGAUCUCUCUGUUAACUGGCACAUGUAGGAUUUUCCAGACAGCUAAAAAUCUGACAUGUGCACUAUUUUGGAUGUGACAGCAUCUGAGUCCUGGAAAAGCUGGUGGUCUGACACAUCCUGCCUGCUCCAUCACUGGCUGAGGUGGUAUAGGCCACUGUUCCCUCUUUCAGACAAAAAUGGCCAUGGAAUUCUUCCCUAAUCUGUUUUAGCUAAUAACUGAUUCUUCUCCCUGGGAAACAAAGCUUGAAUGUGGUCAAUAAAUGUGUAACUUUGUUGUCAGACUAAAAGAAAAGGAGAUUGUUUCAAAUAUGCUUCUGUUACACAGCACACAGUUAUGCAAGGUUGGUGGUUGUGUGCCUGUGUAUCACAGCUCAGGUUUAAAACUUACUUGUAAUUAUUUGGUGAUUACAUAGAUUUAUCUCUGCUGAUGAUUAGCAGGAAACUGGAGUAGAUGAGGAAAGGGAGUCUAGAUUAUGAGUUUCUCUGUGUCUUCCAAAGAGCCAGAGUUUAACUCAAUAUCUUUGAGGCUAACGCCUUAAAAAUAUUUUAAAUGGCAAUAAUUGAUGAAAGGUAAUCUCUUCUCAACACUGAUUAACAUAUUCAGAUUAAUCAACUUUUCUUUCAAAAUUAGCAACAGCUCAGAAGCGAUAAAACAUUAUGCAUCAUACACAAAUGACAGUACACUGUUUGCGCAUUGUUCCCAUUGCGUGGCUUUUUGCACUUUGUGUGUAAACUGCAAAAAAAAUUGAAUUUAAUGUUUGACUCUUUGAAGAACGCACACAACAGCUUUAGCUCCUCAAGGGGGGUAUAAGUGUACUUUAAUACAGAUUUAUACAGUAUCAUUCUUAGUUUGGUUUAUAUGUCAUAAUCUUAUGUGUUCUAUAUUAUUUGCUCAUCUGCCUGUUUAAAGAAGCAAUUCAGAAGUCCAUGUAUGAAGCUCACUCACAGUUGCUGUGGGCUUUUACAACUGCUUUUUCUUUUUCCUGCUAGGUUGAAUUUACCAGCAUGUUUUUUUCUUUCAAAGCAGAUAAAGAAUUGUUGUUAUAGUAAAAUAUAAUUGUGGCCACAGAUUCUUAUACGGAAAUGUUUUAGUAAGAUUUAGUGCAUACAGAGCAUUUUCACGCAUGUUUUAAAUGUAUUAAAAUGAUGGGGUGUAUUUUUUGUAUUGUAUACCUUAAUUAAAUAUAUACAGAGGUUUUCUGGUUUCUUGAACCAUGAGAACUGCAAGAUAUGAGAACACUACAGCUGUAGUUACUCACGAUUUCUGAAUAAACAAAUACCACAAAGCACCGUGAUAUAA